AUGGUCAUAAGGCACUACCACGAGAAGCUAUUCCAUACUGGUGCUCAUACAACACUGAACACUAUCAGGCAAGAGUUCUGGCCGAUAUUUGGGAAGAGCCGAACGAAGAAACUCAUACGCAAUUGCGUAAUAUGCCGUAAGGCCAAUCCGAAGCCUGCCCAGCAACUAAUGGGCCAGUUACCCAAGGCGAGAGUCACCCCAUCUCGAUUUUUGCAACACGGGGUGGAUUAUUGUGGCCCGUUCUUCGUGCGCGAUAGGGUACGCCGUAACAGCAAACGAUAUAAGGCGUAUGUGGCUAUCUUUGUCUGCAUGGCCACAAAGGCUGUGCAUAUCGAGCUGGUAGAAGAUAUGACUACUGAAAGCUUUAUCGCUGCGUUCAAGAGGUUCAUAUCGAGAAGAGGACUGGUUAGCAACAUGUACUCGAACAACGGAAAGAAUUUUGUCGGCGCGGAUCGAGAGUUUCGCUCGUUCCUCAAGAGCGACGAGUAUAAGAGCUUCUCUUUCAUACCACCGAGGGCUCUCCAUUUUGGAGGACUUUGGGAGUCGGCGGUGCGCUCCAUGAAACAACACCUAAAGCGCACCGUAGGCGACGCUUCCCUAACAGUCGCCGAGAUGACGACCGUCCUGGCACAGGUGGAGGCCAUACUAAAUUCUCGACCGAUUACUCCAAUGUCUGAGGAUCCGAACGAUUUGGAGGCGUUAACUCCUGGGCACUUCAUAAUCGGAACCAGUCUAAGGACCCAUCCUGAAGAGGAUUUGCGAGAGGUAAAACUCACUAGACUCUCUAGGUGGCAACACGUGGAGCAAAUCAGACAACAUUUUUGGUCUCGAUGGCACCGGGAUUAUCUGACUACAUGCCAGCAGAGGAGCAAAUGGAAGUCCGAGACACCCAUCGAGUGGAAGAUCGGUCAACUGGUCAUGUUGAAGGAGGACUCCGCGAUGCCUCUGAAAUGGACUCUUUCACGAAUCACCGAGGUCCAUCCGGGCUCCGACGAAGUAGUGCGAACAAUAACGGCUCGGAACAAUAAAGGGACUUGCAAAAGGGCCGUGGUCAACGUGAGUCCUGUGAUAGAUUGCGUGAUAAGAUAUAUGUUCGUUUAA